GCAUCCAGAUGGGAUGGGGUUUUCAAAAUCCGGCAAAAAGGAAAACGUCUCAUCUCAAGAAUAUUUGAUCCGGAUCGACUAGGUUUGCCACCUGAUUAAUUAAUGCUUCCAGCCAUGUUUGGACGCGGAAAAAGAUUACUCAAGCAGUCUAGGAGUGCAAGAAAUAUCAGGUUCCCAGCUUUAUUUACGCUUCUGAUAUUGAUAAUGGUGGCAUUGGUGCUUUUAUUCGGAAAGAACGACGACCGAUCGAGAUUGAUGUCUGAUCUCGAGAACCAAAAAUGGAACAGCUUCGACUCUUUGGUUCAGUUAAAUCCGACGGUAGAAUUAAGAAAUGGGACUGAUUUGAUAUGGCAGAUACCAGACUUGCCUAAGGCGGUUCUCUUCUUGGCUCAUGGUUGUAAUGGCAGAGCACUUAAUUUUUGGGAUAAGUCUCGUAAUUGCCCAAAUUGUGUUGGUUUGCCCGAAGAGAGGCUCAUUGUUCUUAAUGCUCUCGCUAGAAAUUUUGCUGUAAUUGUUGUAUCGAGUAAAGGAGUGUGCUGGUCAAUUGGUGAAGAGAGAUGGAUAGUUAAAGAUACGAUUCAGUGGUGGAUCGCAAAGCAUAAAAAAAAGCUAGAAAAUUUGCCGGUAUUUGCAUUAGGGGCCUCGUCUGGUGGAUAUUUCGUUUCAGUCCUCGCAGCAGAGUUUCGAUUUACAAGUAUUGCUUUGAUGAUAGCCGAAGGGGUGUACAGUAAUUUGGAUAUAAAGAAUGAUUACCCAUCGACACUUUUUGUGCACAUGCCAAAAGACGAAAAUAGGAAUCGGAAGAUCCAAAGGUAUAUUGUAGCUAUGAGGGAGAAGGGAAUUGAUGUGGCGGAAGUUAAAUGCAUGGAAUUUCCUAUAAGUCCUCAGUUCUUCUCGAACAGAAUUCCGGGUGUGGAUAUAAACUUGUCAAUGACACUGUUUGAUUUUUUUAAGGAAAAGGGAUUUGUUGACAAGAACGGUUACAUGAGGGAUGACGGGCGUGCAAUUCCAUGGAAAACAGCUCUCGAGGAGAGGAAUAUUCCGAAUAUUGGGAAUAUUCUUCUUCCGGAUAAAUCAUUGGUGAAUCAUAUUCAAGAGGAAAUGAAUCUUGCAUUUGCAUAUCAUGAAAUGACUAGCUUGCAAUCUCGGCAAAUCUUUGAUUGGUUCGAGUCUCAUAUGAAUUUGUGAUUCAUAGAUGUUCCUUUUUUGUAGCAGCAAGAAAAGCUCAAUUUAUUUAAUCCAAUAUGUCAUAUUUAUCUUCCACGAUGAUGGUGAAGUCUUGUUGCACAUUAUAUUGUAAUCCCCUUUGUAAAAUGAUUAAUUUGCUAAUUGGAGAACUUAUUAAAUCCAAUGUCAUCUUAUUA